AAAUAUCUAAAUACCACAAAGAAAUUAAAAUAUGCCAGGCCACGGACACAGUCAUGGUGAGGGGGGCUGUGAACAUGAUCACGACCAUACUCCUGAAUCAGACCUGGCUUCAUCUUACAGCCUUUACUUAAAAAUCGACACAGAAAAGGUGACAUGUUUAAAUGAAUCAACUGAAGAAUCAGGGAAGCAUGUAUUUAAACCAUGGGAUAAAAGGAUGGAUAAAGAAAAGUUUGUUGAGAGUGAUGCUGAUGAAGAACUGUUGUUCAAUAUUCCAUUUACAGGCAAUGUGAAAUUAAAGGGGAUCAUUUUGAUUGGAGGAGAAGAUGACACACACCCUAACAAAAUGAGACUAUUUAAAAAUCGUGCUAAUAUGACAUUUGACGAUAUAAGUGCUGAUGCAGACCAGGAAUUUGAACUUCAUCCAGAUACACAAGGAGUAGUAGAAUAUAAUCCCAAGGUUGUUAGAUUCAGUUCUGUCCAUCAUCUGACAAUACAUUUUCCGAGCAACUUUGGUGCAGAUAAUACAAAAGUCUACUAUAUAGGAUUGAAAGGAGAUUUUACAGAGGCACACAGACAUGAAGUGACUAUUUGUACAUAUGAAGCCAGAGCAAUGCCACAGGACCACAAGGCUAAUGCAUUUGAUGGUGUAAAUCAUCAAAUCUCAUAACAAACUAUUGAUGCUUAUCUUGAUUAUUAUUUUAUAAAUUGUUAUUGUUGCAAUAUGUUUUCUAAAUAAAUAUUCUUUUGCCACUUA